GGGGACGCGACGCGGCGGCGGCGGCGGCGGUUCCAGUCGCGUCUGUCCUCACUCACCGGGGAGCCCGGCGGUGGCGGCACCUCUCGAGACACCGACGCGGAGCCGGAGCCUGCUGGCUGGCCAGAGAGCGCGGUCGGACAGCCGGGCGGCGCCGCCGACGGACGUACGGACAGCGGGACAGCUCGAGUCGCCUCAAGUUCCGCCAUGAGCUGGGGCACGGAGCUGUGGGAUCAGUUCGACAGCUUAGACAAACACACACAAUGGGGCAUUGACUUCUUGGAAAGAUAUGCCAAGUUUGUUAAAGAGAGGAUAGAAAUUGAACAGAAUUAUGCAAAACAAUUGAGAAAUCUGGUUAAGAAGUACUGUCCCAAACGUUCAUCCAAAGAUGAAGAGCCAAGGUUUACCUCGUGUAUCGCCUUUUUUAACAUCCUUAAUGAGUUAAAUGACUAUGCAGGACAACGAGAGGUAGUAGCAGAAGAAAUGGCGCACAGAGUGUAUGGGGAAUUAAUGAGAUACGCCCAUGACCUGAAAACUGAAAGGAAAAUGCAUCUCCAAGAAGGACGAAAAGCUCAACAAUACCUUGAUAUGUGCUGGAAACAGAUGGAUAAUAGUAAAAAGAAGUUUGAAAGAGAAUGUAGAGAGGCAGAAAAGGCACAGCAGAGUUACGAAAGAUUGGAUAAUGAUACUAAUGCAACCAAGGCAGAUGUUGAAAAGGCCAAACAGCAGUUGAACCUGCGCACACAUAUGGCUGAUGAGAAUAAAAAUGAAUAUGCUGCACAGUUACAAAACUUUAAUGGAGAGCAACACAAACAUUUCUAUGUGGUAAUUCCUCAGAUUUACAAGCAACUACAAGAAAUGGACGAACGAAGGACUAUUAAAUUAAGUGAAUGUUACAGAGGAUUUGCAGAUUCAGAACGCAAAGUUAUUCCUAUUAUUUCAAAGUGUUUGGAAGGAAUGAUCCUCGCAGCAAAAUCUGUGGAUGAAAGAAGAGAUUCUCAAAUGGUGGUAGACUCCUUCAAGUCUGGUUUUGAACCUCCUGGGGACUUCCCAUUUGAAGAUUACAGUCAACAUAUUUACAGAACCAUUUCUGAUGGGACCAUCAGCACAUCCAAACAGGAGAGUGGGAAGAUGGAUGCCAAAACCACAGUAGGAAAGGCCAAGGGCAAAUUAUGGCUCUUUGGAAAGAAGCCAAAGGGUCCAGCACUAGAAGAUUUCAGUCAUCUUCCACCAGAACAGAGGCGUAAAAAGUUACAGCAGCGCAUCGAUGAACUGAACAGAGAACUACAGAAAGAAUCAGACCAAAAAGAUGCGCUCAAUAAAAUGAAAGAUGUGUAUGAGAAAAACCCACAGAUGGGGGAUCCAGGGAGUCUGCAGCCUAAGUUAGCUGAGACCAUGAAUAACAUUGAUCGCCUACGGAUGGAAAUCCAUAAGAAUGAGGCUUGGCUUUCUGAAGUUGAAGGCAAAACAGGUGGAAGAGGAGACAGAAGACACAGCAGUGACAUAAAUCAUCUUGUAACACAAGGACGAGAAAGUCCUGAGGGAAGUUACACUGAUGAUGGAAACCAAGAAGUCCGUGGGCCACCUCAACAGCAUGGUCACCACAACGAGUUUGAUGAUGAAUUUGAGGAUGAUGAUCCCUUGCCUGCUAUCGGUCAUUGCAAAGCGAUCUACCCUUUUGAUGGACACAAUGAAGGUACUCUGGCAAUGAAAGAAGGUGAGGUUCUGUACAUUAUUGAAGAAGACAAAGGUGAUGGAUGGACAAGAGCCCGCAGACAGAACGGUGAAGAAGGCUACGUUCCCACAUCAUACAUAGAUGUAACUCUAGAGAAAAACAGUAAAGGUGCAGUAACUUAUAUCUAAACUAAUCAGGCAGCUUUGUGCCAUGCAUGACAUAAGAACGAUAACAUAAAAUGAAAACACAUCCAAAAGGUCAGAAAGAUAAGAGCUUGCAGUACACCCCAGUCUCCUGUUCGCUGUGUGAGCUGAGUGCAGGCUUGAUCUUUGAGAUGUGACUAUUGCCACAAGAAAUUGUUUUGUGAUGCCUCAUCAUUUGAGUAAUGUUGGUGUGAAGCUUAACUGAUGCCUUCUGCUUUACGUCCUGCUUAAGUCUGUGUGAAGGAUUUGUUUUUCUGCCUUAUAAAUAAUAAGAUUUGAUUACUGGGCAGGAAUUCAUGUUUACUUCAGAAAACACAGCAACUGUAAUGAACUGAAAUAAGUAAAACUGCUCUGAACUGCUGGGAGUAAGUGAUUCCCAAAAGAGCAGUUUGUUCUAGAAAUUUGAAUCGAUAGCUUCAGUAUCUAGGGAGAACAGUAAUAGGUAACUGGAUAAAAUAAUAAUCAUUUUUAUUUUUCUUCCUAUUUUUAACUGAUUUUGUAAAGGAAGAAAAUAAGCACCUAUUGCAUCAUCUCUUUAAAUCAAGAGACUAGCUUUCUUUUGAGAUAUGAAAAUACUUUUAGAUUUAUGGUAAUUUUCAACCUUCCUUUCAAAUUAAUCUCAUGCUUGUAUUUUUCAUCUUGAAAAUAUCUUUUGGAAAUAUCACUUUAUUUAGAGAUUACUUAGUGUUUGGCAGUUACACAUAGGAAAAUAAGAUUUUUAAAUCAUUAAAGAUAGAGGAAAUCUGAAGGGAAAUAUUGACCGUUUACUUUUAGAACAGAAAAAACUAUUUUGGCUGGGUUAACGGAAAACCCUGCACCACCGUUUAGGGCUUCAUUUUAGCUGGAUCAUUACUAUUAGAAUAGAUUGUAUUUUUUUGUCUUUUGGGGUUUCCCCCCUCUACACUUUUGUUGACGAGCGUUUUUGGAAACAUCGUAUAAUCAAGGACUGCUCAGUGGGCUGUUCUUAUGAUUACAUUGAUUUAGCUGUGAAGAAGCUGUGAGGCUGCCCUUGAUUUUGCUUAAUGUCUCACAUUUUUCUGGUGUUUUCAGUAGCUGAUUGUAAGAUUAUUUUAGAGACAUUUUGGGCAGACACUUUAUCUGAACACCUCUUUUAGUCUUACCAAAGGUCUUCAGUAAUCCUUCUUUUCUUUUUCCUCCUGGACUGCAGGUUCCUGAAGAGGGGUUCUGAGGAAUGGGCAAGAUGUUGAAGGAGGUUACAUGCAGCUGCUUUGGGGGAGAGGGGGGUAGAGUUGUCAGGCUCAGAGAGAUGAGAGAAGCAAGUUGCAUGAAUGCAUGCAGACAUUUUUUUUUUACUAACUUCAUUAGCAUUUCCAUACAUUGUUUUUAAACAAUCCCUAUAAUACCAAUCCUUAAAUUCCUAGUGCACCAUUACUCACAUAGAAGACAAAAAGCCUACAGUGUCUGAGCCUCUUUCCAUUUAUUUUACUGAUGUCCAGAUCCAAAAGAAUGCAGAGCUGUCAUAAAACUUCAUAAAAUGUUCUUUCUUUUAGCUAUCUUGUCAGGACUCUGUCCACCAGCUCUGUUCUAAGUGACUUUUCGACCCAUUGUCUGUUUGUUAGAGCCUUUGCCAUCUGUCUGUCUGCCUGCGCCACCUCCGUGCUUGCUUAACAUCCUGUUGCAUGUCUAGAGUGACCAGCUUAGAUUCUCAGGCAUGUCUUUAUAAUCCCUUGUUCUUGUCCCAGUCUUUGUGUUGUUUUACAUUUGUAGUACAAAUUACUUUUGUCAGACAUCUCCAGCACUAAUGUUCCAUCUUAGUCUUUGUGUAUGCUGCUAUAACUUCCCCACUGCAAACAUUCCAGUUUUGACAUUACGAAGACAUAGUCUGUGAACCUGAAGCAUUUAUGAUGAGAAAAAGAAACCACCUGCUCUAGCCUACAGCCCAGUUACUACAGAACUCUCUGAAAUAUGAUAUAUCUUCUGCACCACUGUCUGGGAAGAACCAGUAGUGAGCACUGAAGUCCUGGAAUAAUAAACACAGAAGAAACUUUCCACCUCAAGACACAGGACUAUUGUCACGAGUCAGCUGCUUCCAUUCAAAUGCUGCCUUAAACGAGAGUGCCUAAAUCUGUUGAUUGCCAACACUACCACUACAGUAUCCCAUAAAGGGCUUUAUGCGUCAGCUCAGUGCGACCUCUUUUAACUCUGCGGCCCUGCUGCAGCUGCCAAUGUAGCCUUGGUAGGUGGCUUUCAGAGCUCUACCAUGUACACUGGUGCAUCUUCAAAUUUAUGCAUCACACUGAAGGACAUGUUUGAGCCCAUUUUACUUAGCGUUUUUAUGAGAAGUUUUGUGGAAUUCCCCUAGCCCCACAUUUGUCUUUUAAUUUGGGACUAAGACAAUGUCACUUGAUUCCUGCCAUGAUAGUCUUGUUUCCAAGUGAUGCUUUUGUUUGAACCAGAUAAAAUUUAGUGAAACUUUGUAAUGAUCUAUGUGCACUUUUACUUGUAAAAUGGAAAUUUCUGUAUGUUUAUACUUGUAAAUAUAUUCGUUGUUAGUGGCCCCAUCACUCAUGUCGUCUCGCCUGGCAUUUGUGAUUCUGUUGAUGACUUGUACCUGAGCUACUUUCUUAGUGGUGAUGUAACAGGGUGGGAGGGGGAGGGGUUAUUUGUACCGCUGACGCGCUUCAUUAAUUUGGUUCUUACUGGUUUGAUGGGAGAAAGAGAACGUGAAAUGGUCUGUGUAUUAUUGGAUUUUAAGCAAUAUUUUAGAAGCCGUGUGACUGCUUUUAAUAAUUUUUCCCAGUGUUAAUUGAAUCAUGCUCUCAUUUAUACUAAAGCUGAAUGACAAUUGUGUGAAAGUUAAUGCCUUCAUAAGAUAAAGUACACCACUGUUACACAGCUGACAUAUAGUGUAUUGUUUUUGAGGCUAGUAAACUAUAAAGUUUAGAUAGUAAAUCUCGUUACAGGGUUAUUUAUAUAAUGUGACAUUAUUCAGUACUAACUACGUGAAGUAGUUUUAAAAACUAGUGCUGUUUUUAUUUUAAAGGUUAGCAGUGAGAAGGAAAUGUGACCGGGCUGUGUUUGUCUUCUGUACAAAGCCUGAAGUGCUUAUGUUUUUUUGGCCAUCAGCCACAGAGGGCAAAGUUUAAAGCUUUCUUGUAAGGACUAACUGUUCUUUUCAAGCUACUGUUUGUUUUUCUAAAUACAGGAUUUGCUUCAGUAGGAGGCAAGUUCCUUCAUGUAGAAUAGUGCAACCUGUAACUGGCUCUUACAAUAGGACAGACAUUUGUACGCGCAGUUUAAAUCAUUCUGAAAUCAUUCUUAGAUUUUGAACAUGUGAAUUGUCAAAAAGAAAUCUUUAAUUUUGCAGGUAUUUUUACUCUUUGUGCACAUGUUGAUUUCAUAAUGGUAAAUGCUUUGUUUAAGAUAGUGUUCUCUGUUGAGAAUAUUUUCAUGGAAUAAAACAAACUUUUCAUGGUCA